UCCCCAGAUGCCUUUGAUAUUUCUCUAUGUGGUUGAUACUUGCAUAGAAGAUGAAGAUUUACAAGCUCUGAAGGAAUCCAUGCAGAUGUCAUUGAGUCUUUUGCCACCUACAGCUUUGGUUGGACUUAUUACUUUUGGGAGAAUGGUGCAGGUUCAUGAACUUGGAUGUGAAGGCAUUUCAAAAAGCUAUGUCUUCAGGGGAACAAAGGAUUUGUCUGCCAAACAGCUGCAGGAAAUGCUGGGACUCUCGAAAGUACCCGUAACUCAAGCCACACGUGGUCCUCAGGUCCAGCAGCCACCUCCUUCCAAUAGAUUCUUACAACCAGUACAGAAAAUAGACAUGAAUCUCACGGAUCUUCUGGGAGAGCUUCAGCGAGAUCCUUGGCCUGUACCACAAGGAAAGAGACCUUUGCGUUCCUCAGGAGUGGCACUUUCUAUAGCUGUAGGACUACUUGAGUGUACUUUCCCCAACACUGGUGCUCGGAUCAUGAUGUUCAUUGGUGGUCCUGCUACCCAGGGGCCUGGGAUGGUGGUUGGAGAUGAAUUAAAGACACCAAUAAGAUCCUGGCAUGACAUUGAAAAGGAUAAUGCCAAAUAUGUUAAAAAGGGAACUAAGCAUUUUGAAGCAUUGGCUAAUCGAGCUGCUACAACUGGGCAUGUUAUUGAUAUCUACGCAUGUGCAUUAGAUCAGACGGGUCUUCUGGAGAUGAAGUGCUGCCCUAACCUUACUGGGAUGCAGGAGAGACUAGCAUGCCCCUUUAGUCUCCCGCCCGCUGAUGCAAUUGGUUGUUUCCUAGAGAAUCUAUUUCACAAGAUGAAGCCUCAGCAGUUUCCCUCGGCUCAGCUCCUUACUGCCAAGUCGUUUAGGUUCUUCUACGUGACGGUAUUGGUAGCUUUUGCAAAAUUGGAGCUCAUAGGCAAGAAUCUUUCUCAUCUCAUCUGA